AUGAUAAAUCUAGGGAAGUUCAAGUUGCCUCCGUUGAGGAAUGUGCUGGACGUGACGAUGCAGACGGUCAGGCAGCAGAUGCCUGAGAAGCCAGGUGCUCCACCGCGUCCUCCGCAAAACGUCAGGUUCGCGAAUUUAGACAACAUGGGUGAAAGCUGCGAACUUUCAACAAUGAAUGAAACCACAUCACCGACUUACCAGUCAACAAACCCUACGAACCCUUUCCUUAGUGGAGCGCUGCAGGCUGAAGACUCCUUCACCAGCUAUCAGAACACUUAUCCCCAGCAAGACGGGGCUCCAAGGACUCAAAGUAUGCAAAGCGUAGAUUUCUACGCGUCAUCUGAAGAAGGAGGUUUCGAGGAAGGCGGUGGCCCACCAGGCGCGAAGAUCAAUGAAUAUCAAGCAGCUUGGAAUGUUACCAACGCUAUUCAGGGUAUGUUCGUAGUGUCCCUGCCGUUCGCUGUGCUCCAAGGCGGUUACUGGGCGAUCGCUGCCAUGAUCGGCAUCGCCCACAUUUGCUGCUACACCGGUAAGAUCCUCGUCGAAUGCCUCUAUGAAGACGACCCUGUAUCCGGCCAACGUGUCAGAGUCCGUGACUCCUACGUCAGCAUCGCUAAAGAAUGCUUCGGCAGAAAAUAUGGCGCUAGAAUUGUAAAUAUCGCUCAAAUUAUUGAACUUGUGAUGACAUGUAUUCUGUAUGUCGUUGUUUGUGGCGAUCUCAUGAUAGGAACUUUCCCUGACGGCGCUAUUGACGCUCGCUCUUGGAUGAUGUUGACAGGAAUAUUUCUUCUGCCACUGGCUUUCUUGAAGUCUUUGAAAAGCGUCAGUAUGCUGUCAUUCUGGUGCACCAUGAGUCACUUGAUCAUUAACGCCAUUGUUCUGGGUUACUGUAUUCUUAACAUCGGUGACUGGGGCUGGGGUAAGGUAAAAUGGACUUUGGAUUUUGAAAACUUUCCGAUCAGUCUGGGUGUCAUUGUUUUCUCUUACACUUCGCAGAUAUUUCUGCCCACCUUAGAAGGUAACAUGGAGGAUCGAUCGAAAUUCGAGUGGAUGUUGGAUUGGUCGCACAUUGCCGCUGCUGCAUUCAAGUCUAUUUUUGGAUACUUGUGCUUUUUGACUUUCCAAAACGAUACCCAGCAAGUGAUCACAAAUAAUCUUCGCUCUGCUGGGUUCAAAGGUCUUGUAAACUUUUUCCUUGUAAUCAAGGCAGUACUGAGUUACCCUCUGCCAUACUACGCGGCCUGUGAUUUGCUGGAGCGUGCUCUAUUCAGAGGCAAACCUAAGACAAUUUUCCCUGUAAUUUACGCUCUAGACGGCGAGCUAAAAGUGUGGGGACUUGCUUGGAGACUGGGUGUGAUAAUGUUCACAAUUUUGAUGGCAAUAUUUAUUCCCCAUUUCGCUAUUUUGAUGGGUUUCAUCGGUAGCUUCACAGGAACCAUGUUGAGCUUCAUUUGGCCAGCGUACUUCCACCUCAAACUGAAGGGCAAUACACUUGAAAGUACGAGGAUUGCGUACGAUUACUUUAUCAUUGCUCUCGGGGUGCUCUUUGGAGUCAUCGGUAUGUACGACUCUGGCUCGGCUCUGAUCAAAGCCUUCAAAAUAGGUUUGCCGUUCUAA